AAUUUCCAAUGACACAGUGACAGUAUUCGAGUUCAGUGCGAAUAGUUUGUUAACGAAUUGAGAGUGGUUUGUUUAUUUGACGUUAAACGGUUAAUUGAAUAAUAAAAAGAAAAAUGCCACGUGGCGUACAACACAGAUCGGUAACACCUGCGAUACAAGUAUUGCGAAAUGUUUUGAGAGGUAGAUCGGUUGUAGAAUCAUUAAGGCAUAGUGAUACAAUUGCUGCACGUACACAACCAGAUCCUCUUGUACCUGGUGGGCCAAAUCAUAAACUUUCCAAAGUUUAUUAUUAUUCGCGUGAUGCCAGGCGUCUUGUUGCACCACCUGAGGAGUUAUUUUCGUGCCAGCGACAAAUUGAACAUGGGAAACCCACUGACAUUAAAUAUAUCGCGCCAGGUAAAGUUUACGCACCCGACGAUAAGUAAACAUAACGUUCGACGAAUGUUAGUUGCGCUAUAGUUGUAAUAAAGUAAGCGAUAGUCGUGUAUUAAGGACAAUAUACUGAUAAUGGUUUAUAAAUAAAGUAACGAUUCUUUCUU